AUGUCAUCGAACUGUGGAUCAUUGGAUUACUCAAUCAACACGGUUACUUCUCAACUCCCGGAGGUUCGAAUUGAUGAAACGGAAGUGAUCGCUUAUGUGUCUGAUUUUUUGUCCGGACGAACACUCCACCUUCCCACAAUGCCUGAUGAGAAACAUCGAAAAAACCACGAUGAGCACUAUGAAGCGGCGAUGGAGGCGGAAAUAAUGGCAGGGACCGUGGCCGGAAAGCACUUCAGAGAAGAAUUGCUGGGCAAUGAUGCCUGCGACAACGCUUUCAUCAACAACUUCAAUCACUAUGGUGGAGAUGGUGAUGGAUUCGUUGACAUUUCUCAGGAUCCGUAUGCUAUGGACGGUGUACUUGCACAUAGAGUUUGCAACGUGGCUGAGCAACUCCGCUCUCUCAAAGUCAGUAAAAUAAAGACCAAAGUGCAGAAGUGGAUCUCAGAGCAUCAAAAAAAAAGUCAUAUGAAAUCCUUCCGACGCCGUUGUAUUUCAAUGCCACCCGAGGAAAGUCUUUUUGGAUUUUGGAACGCCUCUUCAACCAGUCCAGACACAGACAACUUCUCUUGCGUUCGGUUCGAAAAAUCGAUGAAUAUGGUCAACGAAUCUCUUGCUGCUCCUCCGAUCGAUCCUCGGAGCUCGACAAAUUUCACCGUCGCUAAAAAAUUUUCCAAAGAUUUCGGUGCUUGGUUCUUCGAUCGUUUCAACUUGGAUAAGAAUUUCCAAGACGAUUUUGGAUUAGAUAAAAAUGACGACGAGUAUUUCAAAAGUGGACUUUUGGUUAUCUACAUGCCUGACAACAAGAAAAAGGAGCUUAUCUACUUCCGCGGAGUCUACAUUGGUAAUGAUCCAUCUGACGCUUCCCGAUCCAUUUUCUGGUCAAUUGACACUGCUGAUUUCCUCUCGAUUUCGCCAUCUAAGGAUUCACUGAGAACUCUCCCCAUGGAAUUCCAUUUCCACAGCAAUAUGUCGAAUUUCAUCGCGUCGAGCAGUGAUAUGUUCAAGUCAUGGAGUUCGCUUCCAAAGUACACUCGCUUGGUGGAUACGGAUAACUUAUGGAAUGCUCAGGCUAAGGAGUAUAUUCAAAUUCAAUUGGAGAAGGAGAAGAAUACUGGUGACGAAACAAAGGCCGGCUCUGGAGUCAAUAUCGAGACUCUGUUCUGCACGGGUAUUUACUGUAUGGGAAUGUGUGGAAUGAAGGAAAUCACGAAGGGUAUCAUCAAACCCGAAAAAGUCUAUGGUACUAUGCAAUGGGUCGCGGACAAGCCCCCUCGUCGUCAUCGUAGAUAUUGA